AUGUUAUCUGAUAGUGGUGCUCUCGUAAUAGCCAUGGUUUCACUUUGGAUUUCGAAGCGUAAAUCAUCUAAAAACACAUUUGGAUCGGCUAGAGCACAAGAAUUGGGCGCUAUGGUAAAUUGUAUAUUGUUGAUGUCAUUAUGUUUUUCUAUAUUGGUACAAGCCAUCAAACGUCUUGUACAACCAGAGCCAGUAGAAAGAACUAGACUAACUUUUUAUAUUGUCGUUGGCAUCAUUGGUUUGGCUAUCAAUGUUUUGGGAUUACUCAUACUCGGUGGCGAUAUGGCACAUGGUCAUUCUCACGGUGGAGAUAACAAAAAGAAUGAAGCGCUUAUUGAGGACGGUGAUCAUUUGUGUAAUGAUGAAGGAGUUCACCAGGCACUGAACAACACAGCAGUUACAUCACCAAUAUCACAACCCCUAGAUGAUCUAAAACGUGGUCAUUCUCAUGUUAAUGCUGCUAAAAUAAGUAGUGUCACUAUUCCAUUGAAUUCAGUUAUUGUUGAUGAUAAAUCUGAAAAGAAAAAGAAAAAACAAGGCAUGUCUGGUGGACAAUUAAAUAUUCGUGGCGCUUUUUUACACGUUUUGAAUGAUGCUAUUGGAUCUGUAAUUGUUAUUAUUAGCGGUCUUUGUAUGAAAAAAUGGCCUGAUACAUCAUGGGUGUGGCAAUUGUCUGGUUCAAAAAUUAUAGCAUCAGCACACAUUCGAUGUCAUAAUCUUCAUGAGUACAUGACUAUUGCUGAACAAGUGAAAGACUUUUUUCAUAAUGAAGGUAUUCAUUCAACAACGAUUCAGCCAGAAUUUAUCAAUGAAGAAGUAGCACCCAGUAUAGGCAAUAACGAUUGUAUAUUGGAAUGUUUAAAAGAUUAUAGUAUUAACACAUGUUGUGGACAACCGUCAGCAUACGUUAAAUUUCGAAAUAAUCGCGAUAGUGGAAAUGAUAAAGUAGACGAAAAUAAUAUUGUGAUGCCAAUAUAA